AAGGGCCGCAUAGGGUUGUUGGAUUUCAGAAGUGCUAUACGCCAAAAUGGUCCUGCCCUCCGGUGUUUUAUGUCUGGCCCCUGUCUGUACAUAGUAGUUGGAAAGUAUUGUUUAAACGCUUAUAUAAUAAUAAUAAUAAUAAUAAUAAUAAUAAUAAUAAUAAUAAUAAUAAUAAGACUAAUAAUUAGUCACGGUAAUAUUAGACUAAAAUCUAGUGGUGAUAAUACUAGGUUUCGUCAAAGGAAAUUAUUUUAAAGUAAACGAAGCGCUGUCCGAGUACCGAGUCACCACCUUCUCAGGUGUUGAUAUGAAGUCACAAUACACUGAGAGAUUUAAAGAGAUGUAGAUCACUAGUGUAAAUAAUUGUAAGUUCUGUUUAUGCUUAUGUUUCUGUAUUAACGAUGACAUCCCAAACGUUUUAAAAUGAAAUAAAUACGUUUCAUCGAAAAUGUUUUAAUAACGUAUUUACCAUGUUUUUCUGGGAACAAAUUCCGCAACAUUUUUAUAAAAUGAAGUACUCUGAUUUUUAUAAAGCAUAAACAAAAUCGGUCUUUUCUGGCCGUGAAAAUGGGGAUGUCACAGUUGGUAUCAGAGCAUUAGUUUAAGCGAACUAGGAAUAUGGAUUUAUUUCUAGACUUAAACUUAGAAUGCUAAGCGAUGAUUGUGAGGUGUGAGCACUAGCUUAUUUUAGGAAUUGUGCCUAAAAUGCUUUUAUGUGCUAAAUACUUGUGCCUGAUAUGUUGUUAGUUGUUCGGAUCUAUGGUCUGUUGCCGACCGGAUCUGGAAACCUUAUGUGUUUAGGAUUCUAAACGUACGACUACGAUAUUAGAACUAGCAUAUAAACGUUUCGGAGUGAUAAGGAUGAUUUAACCGUCAAUCCUAAGUAAAGAUCUGGAUUCACCUUAUUCGGUGUAUAGAUCAAGAUGGCAAGAACCCGUAGUGGAAACGUGAAUGCAAAUGGGAACGGACACCAACCCCCCGUGAUCGAGCAAAUACCAGUUGUGGAAGCCGCUGCCGGACCAAUAACGAUGGCCGGAGUGCAAGCGAUGAUCCAGGCAAUGUUGGAUCGUCAAAUGGAGGAAACUAGACGUUUGCUCUAGCAAAAUCGUGAGGAAGCCACUAUUCAGAUCGAACAGCCCGAGUUGAACGAAGGGCAGACUGAGGAAGGAAACUACAGUAGGACUGUUGGUCAAGUCAACCCACCAAUAGUUCGACAAAACAACCAAGAUGACAAAGUCGAGAGGAAUGGAUGCAAGUACAAGGAUUUUCUGACUUGCAAGCCAUCGACUUUCACUGGAAAGGAGGAUCCGAUCGGGGUCAUGGAUUGGAUCUCGGAGAUGGAGUUAGCCUUCAUGACAUGCGGUUGCAGAGGGAAGCUACAGACCACAUUUGCAGUGCGUCAGUUUCGAGGAAGUGUUGUACGUUGGUGGAAUACCUUGGGGAAGACUCUGAGCCCUAAUGAGCCCCUGCAACUGACAUGGGCAGAAUUUUUGGUGCAAUUCAAACGAAAGUACUGCUCAGCUCAAAACCUGCUUGAGCUAGAGAACCAGUUUCUAACCCUGAAGAAGGGAAGCAUGUCAAUCGAUGAAUACACGAACAACUUCACAGAAAAGAUGGAGUUUGCCUUGCGUCUUGUUCCGGAUGAGCUGACGAAAAUUGACAAGUACGCAAAGGGACUUCCAUGGGAGUACGCGGUGCCAGUGCGUCAGGCUCCUACUCUGGAGGCAGCUAUCUGGGCUGCCAAGUCUGUGGAAGAUAUGAUUAAGGGAAGAGCUGCCAACAAGAUUGAGGUUGGCGAAAAGAGGAAGUUUGAGGAAUCUACGAGGCCCAAUAAGAAGAUCAAGUCUGGUUCAAAGGAGUCUAGCGGAGGAGGAAACAAAGUGAAAUGGUGCGAGAAGUGCAAAAAGAAUCACUUUGGGAAAUGUAGCGAAGAAGUGACUUGCUACAAGUGUGGGAAGACCGGACAUUACGCCAACGAGUGCAAAAGGGUGUGUUAUGAAUGCCGUGAAGAAGGGCAUGUUGCUAAGGAUUGCCCGAAAAAGAAAGAGGCGGAAAAACCAAACAUUCCGCCAAAACCGAAGGCAAGAGCAUUCCAUAUGAUCCUAGACGAAGCAGUUGACAAUGCGAGGAUUCAGGAAUGACGGCUUGACAUCCAAGGAUCGAGUUAUAAUGUAGCCAUAGAAUCAUAUGAUGUAGC